CAUCCCUCACCACCGCCACUCACUCUCUCCUCGCCUUCAAGCAAAUUCUUAUCACCCAUCACCGACGCCGCCAUCGUUCAUCACUCACCACAACCACUCACUUUCCUCACUUUUGCACACUUUUGUUUGCAAGGGAUGGGAAAGAUGUACAAGAAGAAACAACAUGUUCCUUCCAGGGAACAUUCCAAUAAGCAGGAAAACGGAAUGGACUUAAAAUUGGACUUAAGGACGAUUAUGAAAGAUGUUGAAACCUUCAGCAACUCACAUAUGACAUGGAAAGAGCGCAAAAAGAUUGAAGAUAGGAAGGUUGUUUCCCUUGGUGGGAAGCCCCUCAAGAAUCAGAGAUUACCUUUAAGUGUGGCACGGCCAAUGAUGAAGAAACAAAAGCAGAGAGAAGAAAAAAUGCUCCAAGAGCGUAUGAUUCUAGGACGGUUUGGGGGAAAGGUUGGUGGUAGUAUCAAGAGUAAAAAGCCAGUUGGAAAACACAAGCCUGAGGACAGGGGUUUGAAGUUAAGCGAAGGCCGUUUUAGAAAUGGUAUACUUGACGUGAAGCAUUUGUUGAAGUCAACACCCACAAGAGGUCAUGACAAAGGUAAAAAUAUGUCCAAUAUAGGGAAAGGAAAAGGAGGCAAUGGGAAACAUGAUAAGUAG